AUGACUGAAGCCAUUCUAGCUAGCCGCCUUCGUGAUAUUGAAGAAGAAAUGAGAACUGAACGAGAUGUACGAUACCGUCAGGAAAAGGAAUUUACAAGUUUACGUAUUGAUUUUGACGAACUUGAACAACAAUUAGAAGAAAUAACAAAUGCACGUGAUCGAGAAAUUGAAAUUAAUAAACGUUUAAGACAAGAAAAUCAUGAUUUACGUCAAAGACUUGAACUUCAAGCAACCGAAAGUGAUGAAAAUCAAAAUGGACUUCGUCGUCGUUUUCAAGAUACUGUUUCGGAUUUAACAAGUCAAGUUGAAGCCUUAAGUAAAGGAAAAGCAAGACAUGAAAAGGAAAGCAAAACAUUUAUCGUCGAAAUUGAAGAAUUAAAACUUGAAGUUGAAUCAGUAGCAAAAGCUAAAAGUCAAGCAGUAUCAAUGAGUAAAGAACUUGAAGGAAAAUUAAUUGAAAUGGGUGGCAAAGUUGAUGAUGCCAUACGACAAUUAACUGAAGUUAAUGCAGUUAAAUUACGUCUUGUUGAAGAAAAUUUAGCAUAUAGUCGUCGAAUUGAAACAAUUGAAUUUGAACUAACAUCAUUACAAACAGUUUAUAGACGAACACAAAGUGAUCUUGAAGAAGCACGUCUUCAUUUAGAAUCUGAAAUGGCUACAAAUCGUACAUUACAAUCAACAGUAAAAACUUUUCAAAUGGAUUUAGAAUCAACAAAAUUACAAUUAGAAGAUGAAAUUGAAGCUAAAACUGAAUUACAAAAAGUUUUAAUUAAAAUACAAGAAGAAGCACGUCUUUCACGGGAUCGUUAUGAAAAAGAACUUGAAGGAAAAAAUGAAGAAAUUGAAGAUCAAAGACGUAAAUUCAAUGCACGUAUUACUGAAGUUCAAGAACAGCUUACUGAAGUCCUUGCUAAAGCAAGUAAUCUUGAAAAAAUUAAACAACGUCUUCAAAGUGAAGUAGAAAAACUUGCUGAUGAAGCUGACAAACAACGUAAACGAGCAGAUGAAGCUGUUCGACGUAAUAAACAAUUAGAAAAAGAAGUUGAUGAAGCUCGACAACGUUUAAGUAUAAUAAGUGCCGAACUUGAAUCAGCUUUACAAGCUAAUCGUAAUUAUCAAAGUGAAUUGGUCAAAGUUAAAAGUUUAAAUGAGCAACUCACAGAACAAAUUGAUAUUAUUACACGUGACAAGCGUCGUCUACAAGACGAAAUCGAUGUAGCAUUAAAUCAAAUAUCCGAUUUAAAUACACGUCUUGUCGAAAUGGAUCGUCUUCGUAAACAACUCGAAGCCGAAAAAUUAUCAUUAAAUUCGACAAUUGAAGAAUAUCGUGAACAAUUACAUAUUGAAAUAGCGAAAUAUAAUGCAUUAAAUAGUCAAGUUGAAAAACUUCGUCUAGAUUAUGAAAAGAAAAUCGCUGAAAAAGAAGCAGAACUUGAUGUACUUCGUGUAAAUCAUCGAAGACAAUUAGAACAAAUGCAAACACAAAUUGAAGAACUUGAAUUACGUUAUAAAACAGAUAUUGGUCGUCUUAAAUCGAAAUAUCAAGCUGAAAUCGAUGAACUUCAUCUUCGUUUUGAUUCACUCAAGAAAGUUAAAGCUGAAUUAGAAAAUCAUUUGAAGAAAAUUCAAGCUGUUCUUAAAGAAGCACAAGAUCGUCUUCUUGAAGAACAAACAUUACAUGAAGCAACACGUGAUGCACUUAAUGUAGCUGAAAAACGAAAUGCUAUUCUUCGUGGUGAAAUCGAAGAAAUUCGUAUAUUAUAUGAACGUAGUGACAAAGCUCGUAAAACAACUGAACUUGAAUUACAUGAUUCCGAACAACGAUUAAUUGAAGCAACAUCACUUGCUAAUCGUGCUAUUGCUGAACGAAAGAAAUUUGAAGCAGAUGCUAUCCAACUUCACGGAGAAAUUCUUGAUAUACGACAAGAACUUAAGAUUGUUGAUGAAAGAGCACGAAAAUUGGGUGCUGAAUUAAUCCAUCGUGAUGAAGAAAUUCGUCAUGAACGUGAAAAGACUGCUGAAGCUGAAGCAUCAAAACGUGCAUUAGAUCAACAAUUACGUGAUUGUAGUGCUAAGAUUGAUGAAGCUGAAGCUUAUGCACGAGCUGAAGGAAAACGUAUUGCAGCUAAAUAUGAAGGACGACUUGCACAACUUGAAACAGAAAUUGAAUUAGAACGUGCUCGUUAUCAAGAACUUCUUAAAGAUUUACGUCGUAAUGAAAAACGUCUUAAGGACGUAUUAACUCAGGUUGAUGAAGAACAAACAAAAGUACUUUCACUUACGGACUCAUUAAGUAAAGUUAAUGAUAAGAUGCGUAUCUAUAAAUCACAAAUUGAAAGUGCUGAAUCAUCAGCUGCACAAGUAUUAACGCGUGCUCGCCGUCUUGAACGAGAACUUGAAGAUGCUGAAGAACGCGCUGAAAUGGUUACAACAACAUUGAUUCGUUCACGAUCUGUUCAUCGUACUCUUGAUCUUGAUUAA